UGGGCCUCCGUAGUUCGGCUAAUUAUGAUUCCGUUUUUUUUGUGUUAAUAAUAGUUUCGCCACAUCCUUUUUCGCAACAUGCUUUAUCUCAUAUUUGUGUUCCUUCUUACCUAAUACUUAAUAAAAUCAAAGUUCUGUUAAUAAUUAUUCAGAUAUUCAAUCAAGCAGUGAUGAUUAUUUAAAUCCAGAAGGUUUUCUACCUUUAUCACUUAACGAGAGUUUAACGGAAGCUAAAGAAGGAACAAACACUGAAUCAUAUAAACAUCUCGGAUUUGAACUUAUCGAUCCUAUGGGAUUGUUAAAUGAGGAAUAUGAUGCCAAAACAAUGAUAAACAAUGUAUUUUCUAAUAAAAUAGAUGUUAAAAAUCCAAAGGAAUUUUUCCAAGCACUCUUCGAUAAAUGGAUAAAUUUAACAAAAAAUAACAAUUUUGGAUUAUUAAUGGCCAGUCCAUACAAGAAAAUAGGAGGACAUAUACAAGCAAUUGUAGUUGCUGUGGGGACAGGAAAAGGAGAGGAAGAAGAAAAAAUCAAAGCUAAACAAAUAUUUAAUGGAGAAGCAAAAACAUUUUGUAGACCUCCAUUUAUGUACAAUUGUUCGAAUAAUUCGCUUUUCUGCUAUCUUUGCAAGGUUGGGAAAAUUUUGGGUAAAUGUACACAGUUGUGGUAUUAA